AUGCGCCGUUUAGCGGGCGGAGAUGCUUUCAUGCGUUGCCGCUGCACUGUGGUGCCGAGCAUCAUGUUGCCAAAGCGAUGCGUAUCACAGAGGCCGCCACCCCGCGAUGCUGGUGCAGACACGGAUGGCACUCUUGUGCUGGACACGACGGAGGAGUGGAUAAAAGGGCACGUUGACCGGGCUGUUCGUGAGGGUCGACAGACGGGGGAGUCCGCGGCCUACUUUGAAAGUAUCAUGGACGACCAGCAGGAGUUUCGGCAGUAUGUGCAGGAGGCGCGCCGCCUGCUUGGCGACCAGGACCCGCGCGCGCUGACAAAGUACCAGCAGGGGCACUACGCUGAGCGUCUCUCGCGCCAUAUGAGCGGUGUUGCAGCGGAGCGGCUGAUGCGGGCGCACACAGAGGACACGAACGCCCGGCGCCACACGCGGGACGGCACACCUACCGGCGAGAACUACUGGUUUGAAGCAGGCAACACGCUCGCAUCCCCGUCUGUUCCUGACUUCGUGAAGGACGAGGUCCUGCGCGAGAUGCGCGAGGGGCGCAAGAAGACAAGCCCAGCGUUUGAGGAGCCUGGCGAGGUGGAGGACUUGGCUGCGGCGGACAAGGAGUUUGCGGAGCAUCUGCGCCAGCAGCGCCAACGUCUCCUUUGCUCCGAUGAUGUGCUGAAAUGA